GAAAUGACGCAGCUUAACUCGGAAACCGGAAUCCCACCAAGGGCUGGGCUUUGUAGUUUUUAGCAAAUACCAGCGGCGUACUCGCACGCAUUAAAUGUCACGUAAAAAAACUACGUUUCCCUUGUUCGCUGUCACUUUACAACAUGGCUGCCUCCUGUGUGGCAGCAAGCGAGCUGCUACAUAAUAUGAACAAACGAAUAUCUGUAUUUUAUCCAAAAGUGUCGUGUGUAGUUAGACGCUUGAGCACAUCGAGCUCACGAUGCGACGGUCAACUGCAGCCGAGAGCACAGAGUGCUCCCCAGCAUCUGAUCGGAGUCGUGGGCUUGGAAAUCCACGCCCAGAUUAACUCCAACACCAAGCUAUUCUCCGGCUCAUCGGUUCGCUUCUCAGCGCCUCCAAACUCCCUGGUGUCUUUCUUCGAUGCAUCCUUGCCUGGCACAUUACCCGUGCUGAACAAACGGUGUGUCGAGGCAGCGGUGAUGACGGGACUGGCUCUCAACUGUUCCAUAAACAGGAAGUCGUUUUUUGACAGGAAACACUACUUCUACGCUGACCUCCCUGCUGGAUACCAGAUCACUCAGCAGCGGCGGGCCAUCGCGGUAGACGGCGUGUUGAAUUACAGCCUACUGGGAGGAAAAAAGAGGAAUCAGAUGAUCAGAAAAACUGUCAGCAUCAAACAGAUUCAGCUGGAGCAGGACAGCGGCAAGAGCCUCCACGAUGACGUCCGCAGCCAGACACUCAUAGACCUCAACAGAGCAGGUGUAGGUCUAAUGGAGCUGGUGAUGGAGCCAGAAAUGAGCUGUGGAGAGGAGGCUGCUGCAGCUGUCAGAGAGCUUCAGCUCAUCCUACAAGCCCUGGGCACCUGUCAAGGCAACAUGUCUGAGGGUCAGCUGAGAGUAGAUGCCAACGUGUCCGUCCACAGACCGGGCGAGCCGCUGGGCACCAGGACAGAGGUGAAGAACAUCAACAGUGCCCGAUAUCUGGCCAGGGCUAUAGACUACGAGAUCCAGAGACAGAUCGAUGUCCUGCAGAGAGGGGGGACGGUGCAAAACGAGACCCGGACGUACGAUUCCAAAUCAGGGGAGACAGUUCCCAUGAGGGACAAAGAGGGUCUUCAGGACUACAGGUUUAUGCCGGAGCCCAACCUGCCCCCUCUGAUUGUGUAUGAGGAUAACGCAUCACUGCCCACUGGCAUUGAAGCGUGCCAGGCGGUGGUGGUGCAGAAGAUAAGGGAAGGGCUGCCAGAGCUACCCAGUGUCAAAAGAGACAGGCUGGUGGAAACGUACGGCAUCCUGCCCGAGCACAGCUUCACUCUGGUGAACGAGGACGGCCUGGUGGAGUACUUUGAGGCGGUGCUGAGGGCGACCAAGAAGGAGCCAAGGAAGGUGAUUGGCUGGGUGACAAACGAGCUGUUGGGCCACCUCAAACUGCAUGACAUGAAUGUGAGCCAGAGCCCAAUCUCUCCUCCUGCCCUGGCUGAGCUGCUGGAGCUCCAGGAAACGGGACACAUCUCCUCCUCGGUUGCCAAGCAGGUGUUCCAGGAGAUGUGGAGGUCAUCGGGCAAGACGGCCCCACAGAUCAUCCAGGAGCUGGACUUGGGCCUCGUUAGUGACGCCGCACAGCUGCACAGCAUCUGCCAGAGGAUGGUGGACUCGCACCCGGAUGAGGUCCAGGCCAUCAGAAAUGGAAACAAGAAAGUUCUGAACAAGCUGAUGGGGCUGGUUCAGAAGGAGACCAAAGGGCGGGCCGACCCGGUUUCGGUGAGGUCAAUUUUACAAGAGCUGACUUCAUGAAGGUUGGACUUUUUUAUCACAGAUCCAGAGUCAAAUCGCGGCAUGUGUGACUUUCAUGAAAGACAAAAUGAUGGAGAUCUGUAUGAAAAUGCAGAUACGCAGAGCAAUCACGUCCACCAGAUCUUCUGUGGGUUCAUUUAACUGAUGAUCGUCGAGCUUAAAAUUAAGUUUCCAUCGAAGUUUUUGUAAAUACUGAGCAAAGUUUUCACCAGAAAGCCGUCAUUAUCUUCUGUAUUUAUGUACACUACAUAUGUCCUUACAAAGAAAUAAAUCUUUUCAGAUGAAUACUCUCA